GGGCGAGUUGUGUCGAGUGAAAGUUAGUUUUGGUGCAAAUUGCAGUGAAAGUUUCUUCCAAAUAUCGGAGCAACUCAUCCCAAUUUUGCUUGCUUCAGUGUCGAGAGUGAAGAUAACGCAUUACACGUCAAUCCCAUAACUCACGCUCAAUAUGACGGAUAUCGCUAAUCUACAGCAACAGGACAGUAGCAGCUACAGCGGCGUUGGCAGUUGCGACGGAGACGGUGAUCUCGGUGGUGGCGCCAUGAGUGGAUUCGACCAGAAUCAAGGUCCUGCAACGGGCGACGAUGGUUCGUCGCUAUACCUGCGCCUUCGUGGCUUGCCAUGGAGCAUCACGGAGGAAGAGAUAAGAACGUUUUUGCAUGGAGUUAACAUUCUGCACGUGCACAUCGGCAUGAACCCGCAAACGAAACGGCAAACGGGUGAGGCGUACAUUCGCGUAGCCACCGUGCAUGAUCGCAACAAUGCCUUUUCGCGCAAUAAGCAAACUAUCGGGCACCGGUACAUCGAGUUUUUCAACGCUACCGAAGAGCAGUACGAGAUGUCUCUGCAGGAAGUGGAUGACGGUGAAGACGGUGGCCCAGUCGUGAAGUUACGAGGUCUGCCCUGGUCGAGCACCAAGGAGGAAAUAAAAGCGUUCUUCCAGGGCUUGACGAUAAAGAAUGGAUAUAAUGGGAUUCUUUUGCUACUGGACAACCUGGGACGGGCAUCUGGGGAGGCGAUUGUAGAGUUUGCAACCGAGGCCGAUGCUGAAGCGGCCAUGGGCAAGCACAAAGAGAAGAUUGGGAACAGGUAUAUCGAGCUUUUCCGCAGCAAUACUCGGGAGCUGAAGCGUGCCGAAAAGCGCAUGAGACGUAUGACACCGUACGGACGUAACGAUCGUAACUCUGGAGGCGGCUAUUCAAUGUCCGAUCAAGGAUAUGGCCAAGAUUACUCCGACAAUCCUAUGGGAUCAGGUGGCAGUAUGGGUCGGAGCUGGAACGAUCGUCCGAAUGGCGGAUAUGGAAACGGCGGAAGCGGAUACAACAGCGGCUCGAACAUGGGUCCGAUGUAUUCUUCUGGAAACAAUGGAAAUUCAGGUGCGGGCCUUUCGAACAAUCUGGGCAACAUCGACAUCCUGCGUCUGUUGCAGGAUCAGCUAAUAGAGCGAGGUGGCGGUACCAAUUACGGGUCGGGACGCAGUGGAAGUCCCCCUGGCGGUGUCAUGAACAGUGGUGGAGGCGGUGUCAAUGUCGGAGUUAACAACUACAACACCGGUGGCGGCUACGGUUCCGGAUCGGGUGGAAAUUCUGGUGGCGGUGACAUGCAGUCAAUGAUGGGCAUGGAUCGCGGAGGCAGCGGUGGAGGCUAUCGCUCCUCGGGGCCGAUGUCGAACAGCUACAGCAAUUACUCGCCUAGUGGUAGCAUGGGCGGUGGCAACAGUUCCAGCAUGCCAUCGUACAACAACAGCAGCUACGGAUACGGGUCAGGCGGAGGUAGCGGCGGUGGUAGCUACGGUUCCAUGAGCAACUACGCCAACAAUGACUUUUCCGGUGACGAACCGAAUCUGUACUGCGUGCACAUGCGUGGAAUGCCUUUCAGCUGCGACGAACAGGACAUGCACGAUUUUUUCAUGCCGCUCCGACCGGUUAAGUGCGUUGUGCAGCUGAACAGUCGCAAGCGUCCGUCUGGCGAGGGAGACGCAUACUUCGAAACGAAGGAGGAAGCCAUCAAGGCGAUGCGCAAGGAUAAGGAGAAGAUGGGCUCACGCUACAUCGAGCUGUUCGCUGGCCAGCGCCACUUCGGUAACGGCGGUGGUAGUAUGGGUGGGAGCAGCCUCAGUGGCAUGGGAGGUAACCAAUUCCCGAAAAGGUACUUCAACUGAGGCACCACGCGAUCGAAAUACGCAUGUGAGGAGCCGAUUUUAAGAUGAGAUUUACAUACGUCUUCACUUCCAUCAUUCAUUCAUCGUCCUUUCCUUCGCUCGCGCUGCAAUACGGAGCGAGUUUUCUGGAUUCUUAUUCACGACCUUUCCUCUACAUUUCUCUGCGCCAGUCGUUAUCAGAAUCCGUCUAAGCCGUUUUGUUAUGUGUCUCCGCCGAAGAGAGCGCGUACAAUGGUAUCAUUUAUCCUUAGAAUGACAAAUCUUAAUUUUUUUAUUUUACCCUUACGCUUACCUGACACACGCGUCUUGUUUGGGGCUAUGUUUUCUGUUUUCUUUCAAACGCAAGUUUGUGCAAGAUUCAAGUAAUAAUAAAUAACAAACAUUGACUACUGAUAAUCUGACAAGUUUGAGUGAGUGUUCCGGCAAGGGCCGGAACGGGUUCGAGUGUUUUUUUGUAAAACUUAAUUUACGUCAAUCACCCCCUGCAUGUUCGGGACCGCGCACUUAGAAUGUUCUAUUGUAUUAACAAACGAGCACACUGAUUAGUUUCAGUUACGCUAACCGAUGGUGGUGGUGAUACUUCUGCAUAAUGGCGCUGAAUAUAGAAUGACUACUGCGAAGGAUAAUGUAUAGAUCUUAAGAAAUCGUUAGCGAAAUAGAGGCAAGGGAAACAACUCAAUUAUUAUUAAAAGAAGGACAUCUCUUCUAGCAUCAGCAGCAGCAAAAGCACCACACAAGAAGGAGAUCAAAAGUAAAGUUCUAAAAUAAAAUAAAUAUUAACAUGUCACGUAUUGGCAUGACAUAGAUUAUCUUUCGUUUGUGGCUGUAGCGCAAGUUCUUGUUUAAUUAUACAAAAGGAAUCAUUAGGCUUGCGUCUCUCUGGAGCGAACUCGCGUUCGACGAAGGGUUGAUUGUAGGAGUGAAAUAAUUACGUAAGCCAAGGGAAAUAAUAUGCAAGAGAACCACAAGAAAUAAAC